CAUUAAAUGGAGCAAGUUAAUCACGAAAAGACUCCAAAACGGAUAUUAGUCAAUGGAUUAGGUAUAAGGAAAACGCCAAUUUCGACACCGAAAAACUUUACAUCGCGAUUUUUGUUGCUUUCAAAUAAUCAAAAUUGUACUCCGUCACCUAAUUCUCAUAAAAAUCGUAUAGUACGUAAUCCUUUUGAGAAUCAGCUGCAUGAGAAACUUCGUUUACCUGUAAUCUCAAGUCCGUCGUUAUUUCAAGCACCAACGACUCCAAAACAAGACAGUAAAUUAGAAUUAUUUGAAUGGACAAUAGAGGAACUAUCGAAUUUAAAUCCAGUGAAUGUAGUUCCUCACGAGACACAAUUUUGUCAAGAAGAAGACCCGCAAUUUGAAGAAAAAGCACAAGCUGCAAUUUCAUCCUUCUUCCAGGAACAACAAAUUGUUCCAAGUCCUAAUGUAUGCAAUUUACGAAAGCACAAGAUCCAAUUGACUGAAGAAAUCCAUUCAACACAAAUUUAUAAUUCGACUGCUUUAACUUCUAACAGUGCCAUGAUCUCGAAUACCUCACCAUUUGGAUCAAUUCCUAAAAUUAAACGUGAUAUGACCACACAGACUGCCUUAUCCUUUCCACCGAAUUUACCUCGAGAGAUUGAAGACUUAUUGAAAAAGUAUCAAAUUAAUGAUGAAGAUGAAAAUGAUGAGAACGAACUGCCGGCAAAUGAUCGAUCUAUGAUGGAUAUAAGCACUUUACGUAGAAAAUUAUUCAUUCAACGUCCGGAAACGCCUGAAAAUGAUUUUAUAACGGAUGAUGUGUUUGCUGUGAAUUUAAGUCCUGCCCCAAAAACCCCAGAACUGACUCGAAGCUCGUUUAUGAGCUCACAAAAUAAGAAUGGCGAUGCCUUUGAAGCAAUUAAUGAUGAUAUGUUUGGAGAACUAUCUCCGAUACGCAAUGAUUUUUCCAACAAGUGUAGUCCUGCCAUGUCUUCCAAUGAUAUUUCCAUGAAUUCCGAUGCUGGAAGAGAUUGCACACCUGCAAGCCGUCGAUUCAACAAAUUGAAAAAGAAAAGACUAUCAGAAUCGUUUAAUCUACUUCAAAACGAGCUGAAUGAUGACUCUGAUGAUAAGGAGAACUUGACCAACGAAUUUCCAGCACAAAACAAGGAUCGAAGACUUUUCGGUCGGUUUGAUAGUGGCUUUGAAAACGGUGAUUCCAAUAAUUAUUCGUUUUCUGCAGAGUUUAUGCAAAUUUAAUGUGUUCAUAUCUAUCUUUUAUAUCCAACAAAAAAAAAG